GAAGGAGAGGAAGAUGAAGAGCAUGUAGUUCAGAGUGGGUCCGCAAACAAAGUGAAAGAAGACGCUAAAACUCAGCUGGGGUCUAGUUGGACACAGCAAGACUCGCCUCGAGCGAUGUCAAACUCUGAAGGACGCCGCUCAUCUGUCUCUUCGAUCUCUCUGCUGGAGAUCAAGACUGAGACUCAUCUAGUCCUCCAGGCUUUUCUCCAACGCGCCCUUUUGAUCCCUCUGAAAGACAGGCCUGGCAGGGUGGGAGGAGCUUAUAGCGAUGACCGCAAGUACAGCUCCACCCCAAAGCCAAAAACGAAGGAUGGGAGGGAUUCUCAGGCUGAAGAUGUCGCUUCAGGAGAUGAAAAAAAGAGUGGAUUCAGGGGCCUCAUAAAGCAGCUGCCAUCUCGUAAGAACACACAGCGUCCUGCCAAAGACCCUGCAGGCUCACUGGACAAGAAGAGCAAAGAUAAAGUGGCACAGCUCAAGGACCAAACGGAAGAUGACACCAUAUCCCCGUCGUCUGCAUCAGAGGACGAUGAUCGUGACAGAAAGAAGAUCAACCGAAAGAAGAUCAAAAGAAAGCUGUCCAGUUUCUUCAAGGUAAAGUUAGAGAAAGCUAAGGACAAACAGGAGCCGGCCCCUCAUCCUCAGAGACCGGGGACACUACCAGUCAACAAAGAACCAGAGCCUGCACCACAACUCAUCUCUCCCAAUCACCCUCCUGAGUUCUACACAGAGGUGGCAGAGAAGCUGGAAAAGAUUGCCCAGAAGUCUACCAGCAUAAAGAGACCCAGAGCGCAGCCAUCAGCAGCAGUAUGUGAUAAAGAAACAGUAGUGCAGGAACUUGUGAAGGUGCUCUCCUCAGAGGGAGAUUCCAUCAAUACUAAGAUCCAGUCGGACCCUUUCCUUCGCUCCAGUUUGACCCGUCUUUCAUAUCCAUCUUUUGCCAAACUUCUUGAUGCUUUGAGCAGCAGUGAGGUAGAUGAGGCCCCUUCUCAGGCACCACCAGCUAGUCCUACGCUGCAGCGCUUGGCUGUCAGCAUGGAAGUGUCACGGCGAAUAGUGACGGCCACAGGAAUUCAGCGGAUGCAAGGCUAUGCAGAGUGCUACAUGGAGAACUUUGCCCCAUGGGUCAAAAGCCACGGAGGAUGGGAGAAAGUAGUGUUUAUGGAGGAGUCUGUGGAGUAUGACUAAACACCAAGACUGGACCUGACAUGAGAGCAGAGGGGUGGACAAACCGCGCCUGUUUAUUUCUCACUGACGGCUCUAAAGAGUUCUUGAAGGCUCUUUGAAUUCUGUGGAUCUGGACAUCAGGAAGGCUUUUUGUUUAACAUGAGUACAGGUUGAAGUUAUUUGUGUAGAUAAUUUUAGGAAAGGCCUGUCAGUUAAAUUGAGAGUACCUGUAAUACGAUUGUAGUGACUGAGCAGGUUUGAACUCAUCAGUGCAAUAUCUUUUUUAAAACCUCAGCUCCUGUUUGUUUUCAUUUCUUGUAUAUAUUUGUGAUCAGAUGGACCUGACAUGUAUAUAAUAGACGCUUCCUCUUCAAACAGGAAGUUGUAUUUUGUUGCAUACUUCUGUAAAAAGUUGGGGACAGUGGGAUUAUUUUAUAGCAUAACACAACAAAGUCAACAUGGUUUAACAAAGUAUAAAACACCACUGAGCAGAAUGGAGUCUGAGGUGCAGCUCUGAGAAAUAAUUAUCUGUGAGCAUAAAUGAGUUCUGCAGGGAUGGAAGUGUAACGUGAGUGAGGAGCAGGACAUCCUGUAUGAGGACCUCAGUAAAGAGGCCCAAAGUUCUCACAACCUCCAGCGGCUGCUAAAUAACUGAAAUUCAGAUUCUCAUUUGCUGAGUAGUUUGAUGCACACUGGGUGGGUGUCGGGGGGGUCUCCGACUGCUCUAGACUGUGACUGGAAAGAAACAAA